AUGGCCUCGGCGCAUAUCCCUGCGGCCCCGACGCAGCCCACCUUGCCCUCUGGACCCGCCGUCUUCAAAACCAUCCCGUAUGCAUUCAUCCUACCGGAGAUACUCUGUGGGACCUGGGUGUGGAUCCUCGUUGCUGCUACCUCCGUCUCCUUACCACUGCUGCAGGGAUGGGUGAUGUAUGUGUCCCUCAGCUCCUGCCUCAUCUCCCUGCUGCUCCUCUUAAGUUACAUCUUCGGCUUUCACAAAAACAGCGAGAACUGGAAAGUACUGGACAGCUUGUACCACGGCACCACAGCCAUUCUGUACAUGAGUGCUGCUGUUUUGCAAGCCAACGCAACCAUCAACUCUGAGUCCCACUCACCACUUUACUACCAGCUCAACAGUGCCGCAUCGUUCUUUGCCUUCAUCACAACCUUCCUGUACAUCCUCCAUGCCUUCAGCAUCUACUACCAGUGA